AUGGCCGCGGUGUCGGUGUUCCCCGGCGUGCGGCUCCUCACGGUCGGGGACGCGAACGGGGAGAUCCAGCGGCACCAGGAGCAGCAGCCGCUCCGCCUCGAGGUCCGCACCGGCCCCGACAGCGCCGCCAUCGCCCUCUACGGCCACGAGGAUGUCUGCGUGUUCAAGUGCUCCGUGUCCCGGGAAACCGAGUGCAGCCGCGUGGGAAAACAAUCCUUCAUCAUCACCCUGGGCUGCAACAGCGUCCUGCUGCAAUUCGGGACCCCCAACGAUUUCUGCUCUUUUUACAACAUCCUGAAGAACUGCCGGGGUCACAACACGGAGCGCUCGGUGUUCAGCGAGCGCACGGAGGAAUCUUCGGCUGUGCAGUAUUUCCAGUUCUACGGGUACCUGUCUCAGCAGCAGAACAUGAUGCAGGAUUACGUGCGCACGGGGACGUACCAGCGAGCGAUCCUGCAGAACCACAGCGACUUCAAGGACAAGAUCGUUCUGGACGUUGGCUGCGGCUCCGGGAUCCUCUCGUUCUUCGCGGCUCAGGCCGGGGCGAGGAAAAUCUACGCGGUGGAGGCGAGCACCAUGGCCCAGCACGCCGAGGUGCUGGUGAAGAGCAACAACCUGAGCGAGCGGAUCGUGGUGAUCCCGGGCAAGGUGGAGGAGGUGACGCUGCCGGAGCAGGUGGAUAUCAUUAUCUCGGAGCCCAUGGGGUACAUGCUGUUCAACGAGCGAAUGCUCGAGAGUUACCUGCACGCCAAGAAAUACCUGAAACCCAGCGGGAACAUGUUCCCCACCAUCGGGGACGUGCACCUGGCGCCCUUCACGGACGAGCAGCUCUACAUGGAGCAGUUCACCAAGGCCAACUUCUGGUACCAGCCCUCCUUCCACGGGGUCGAUCUCUCGGCGCUGCGCGGCGCCGCCGUGGACGAAUAUUUCCGGCAGCCCGUGGUGGACACGUUCGACAUCCGGAUUCUGAUGGCCAAAUCCGUUAAAUACACCGUCAACUUCCUGGAGGCCAAGGAGGGCGACCUGCACAGGAUAGAAAUCCCCUUCAAAUUCCACAUGCUGCACUCGGGGCUGGUGCACGGCCUCGCCUUCUGGUUC